CCCCUCCCUGCCUUUGCCUCAAUGGAGAAGCUGAAGCCUCGGCAGAAACCGCAGGCGGCCAUCUGGUAUUCCCUUGCCUUAUGCGGGAAGAGCCCCUGUCCUCGUGUAGGCCAAAAUUCUUUAUAUCUGCCUCCUUUGGAGCCGGGAAGCAAAAAUGGGAAAGUAAUUAUCAUCGCCGGAGCAAAUCCGAGUGGAAGUUUCUCUGACUCCUAUUUUAUUGAUCUCGAUGCUAAUUGCUGGACCACGCCAGGCUGGGUAAAUCUGUUGCCACGCUACGAACAUGCUGCGUUUGUACCCACGAGCCGUCCCAACACCGUCUGGGUAUUCGGAGGAGCUAGUGAAACUGGGAACAGAGACUGCAUACAAGUUUUGGAUCUCGAAACCGGGUCGUGGGAAAAAACCAAGGUUAUCGGCAGACCACCGAGCCCUCGGACGUUCCACACCUCCACCGCAGCCAUUGGGGAUCGGUUCUACGUGUUUGGAGGAGGAGAUAAAGGGGCAGAUCCUGUCCAAGACCAGCAACUUCACAUACUCGACUCAACCACGUUGACGUGGUCGCAGCCAGAGGUGCGUGGUCAGCCUCCUGCUUCCCGGCAUGGUCACGUGGUGGUAGCGGUUGAGAAUCGACUCUUUGUACAUGGCGGCUUGGCGGGUGACACGUUUUACGAUGAUUUGUUCUGUCUUGACAUAAGGGAACUCAAAUGGGAGAAGUUGUCGACCUCGGGAUCCAUUCCCGGAGGCCGAGCGGCCCACUCGGCUGUUGCUUUCCAAGGUCACAUUUACAUCUUCGGAGGAAUGGACCCCACGGGCGAACUCAACACGAUGUACAGAUAUCACAUAGGAAAAAGUCAGUGGACGCAGCUGGAGUUCACCGCUCCGUUACCUUCCGGCCGGCUGGACCACUCGAUGUGCGUGAUUCCUUGGCAAACCUCUGGCGAAGACCCCCACCACAAUCGCAAAGGAACACGGGAGGGUGCGCAGCAGGGGGACGGAGGGCCCAAGCGAGGCCAGCCAGAGGAAGGACUGGUUCACCUCUGCUUGGUAUUUGGGGGCAUGAACAUGAAAGGAGACAUCUAUCAUGACUGUAUCGUGAGCGUGCUACAAGAAUAAAAGUUACGGCCGUG